AUGGGUUCCUAUCUUGUUAAUGCAACAUUCCAGUCCAAAAUAACAGAAGGGGAAGAUAUUAUUGUUGGAAUGAUUUAUACAGUGUUUGGAAUAUGCUCCUUGUGUGGAAACAGUAUUCUUCUGUAUGUUUCCUACAAGAAAAAGAAUUUGCUAAAACCAGCAGAAUACUUCAUGAUCAACCUUGCCAUUAGUGACCUUGGUAUGACUCUGACCUUGUACCCUCUAGCUGUUACAUCCAGCCUUUCUCACAGAUGGCUGUAUGGUAAACAAGUUUGCUUGUUCUAUGCAUUUUGCGGUGUACUUUUUGGGAUCUGCAGUCUGUCAACACUAACAUUACUGAGUACUGUGUGCUGCCUCAAAAUUUGUUUUCCAGCUUAUGGGAACAGAUUUAGGCAAGAACAUGGACGAAUCUUGAUAGCCUGCGCAUGGGCCUAUGCAGCAAUUUUUGCCUGUUCACCCCUAGCUCACUGGGGAGAGUAUGGAGCAGAGCCCUAUGGUACAGCUUGUUGCAUUGACUGGCAUUCAUCAAAUGUAAACACGGUGGCAAUGUCUUACACCGUAGCUCUCUUUGUCUUCUGCUUUAUCAUCCCCUGUGGGGUAAUUGUUACGUCCUAUACCCUCAUUCUGAUAACUGUCAAAGAAUCCAGAAAAGCAGUGGAACAGCAUGUCUCAGGUCCCACCAGGAUGAGCAACGUGCAGGCUAUUACAGUCAAGAUGAGCAUUGCUGUAUGCAUUGGAUUUUUUACUGCCUGGAGCCCCUAUGCCAUCAUAGCCAUGUGGGCAGCUUUUGGCUCCAUAGAAGGGAUUCCUCCACUAGCCUUUGCUGUGCCAGCUGUCUUUGCAAAGUCCUCAACACUCUACAACCCAGUUACCUAUCUUCUUCUGAAGCCCAAUUUCCGAAGCACCCUUGCCAAAGAUUUUGGAGUUCUCCAGCAAUUAUGCAUCAGGACUUGUUUUUGCCUCAAGGCCCUACAGAGUUGCAGUUACAGGUCAGUUCUGGAAAUCGGCCUGAAAUCAUUUAAAGGGAGAAAUGAGUCCAGCUGUAACUCAGUGCAGACUGUGGAAGGAUGUUCUUACUUCCCUUGUGAAAAGUGCAGUGAUACUUUUGAAUGCUUUAAGAACUAUCCAAAAUGCUGCCAGGAGAGGUUAAGCACUAUGGAAUAUACUCCUCAAGAAAGUGUGUCUUUGGAGAGUAGUCUCCAAGCAAAACGGAAGCAGGAUGCCAAGAAAUCUGUAAAGGUGGUUGUCCAAGGAGAAAAAAACACUCAAAAUGAUAACUUUGAAAUCACCUUGGAAACAAUACCUGCACACAGCAGAUUUGCAAAUCUUUAGAGUCUGGAGGGUUUCAUUUAAGAAACAGUAAAGUAAUGGUACCAGACUUCUGAAUGUAACCUUUUCUAAACAGCCCACCCACUGCCCAUUUUCUAUACAGUUUUCCUGGUUCCCUCACGUGUCCUUUGAUAGAAUGCCUAAUGGAGCAUGAACUUGUUAAAAAGGAUGUUUGACUCUCACAAUGCAGACUUCAUGAACAUCGAACCCUCAGCUUAUUCCUUUUUGGAGUUAAUGGGAGCAGGAUUGUGCCUUUGAAGAGAAUUAUGAAGCAAUGCCCAGUGUCCCCAAGCAAUCAGACUGACAGUCAAAUUCUGAAUUAUGUUUGUUGUUUGAAAAAAGUUCUUUUUACAUUAAAUGCUUUUUCUGGUGUAAUCAGUCACAGAAAAUUCUUCCCAACCUGUCUGCCUUUGGAUUGAUCCAUCUAUCAUUUUUCAGAGUUAGACUAUUGUUAUGAGUUACUUGCAAAUAAAUGUAUUUGCAAAUCAUGAUGCUGCUGAUUACAGGGUCUUCUUGACAUUAUGUAUUAAGGUCUUACGAAAAACGCUGGAGUCAAUUAUUGGAAGAAAAAAUUGUUUUUC